AUGCUCGGUCAUUGCCGAGCUGUUGCUCGUGGCGCCGAAAGACCGCUUCUUGCACUUGAUACGGCCGUUAGGAUUCUGAAGUAUGGAGAAAUGGACGCGAUUAAAUUGGAAGGAGGGUCAUCGUCGAGAACUGCUGCUGCUAAAACUCACUUUCUAGAUGUGGGGGUGCUAGUUUACCACGACCUGCUGGGAAUGAUGCGACACCCUCAUCAUGCCAAGGUUCAUCCUAUAAUUGCCACCCUGUGUGCACGUGUUGGAGAUGUCAUCAACAAAGCUCUAGUUGAAUACAAGGAAGAAGUGAAAAAUGGUUCAUUCCCUGGUCCUCUCCACAGUCCAUAUAAAAUUAGUGAAAUUGAGAUAAAUGGUUUCAUUAGCGAAUUGCAAGAGUUAGGUUUGGACAAGGCCGCGGCUUCAACAGCUGCAGCAGGUGAAAAAAAUAAAACUGCUGGAUCAAGCAAUGGUCCAGCAAAUGAUUGUAGUCAAUCCAGCAGACGUGCUUCUUAUUCCCUUUUUCCUGAUCAGAAAGAAGAGUACAGUGACCUCCAUUUUGCUGUUGAAAUAACUAGUCUAGUUGGUGUCCCCAACGAUGCUACAGGAAACAUUCUAUUUUCGUCUUUUGUUGAAGGAGAAAGAAAUGGAGGGUUUUUAGGUGACGAGAUUGUUAAUCUGGCGUUGAAGUUCGGAUUAGCAAGGCAGGACAAUUUUAAUAGAAUGAACGGACUGAUGGCGAAGUUGGUGGAAAUGGAUAUUCAGCCCAAUGUUGUUACUUUUGGGAUUCUUAUUUAUCACACGUGCAAGUUUACGAGAGUCGACGCUGCGUUGGAGGUUCUUGAAAAGAUGUGUGCAGGUAAAGAGAGUGGUGGCUUAAGCGUUUCAGUUGAACCAGUUGUUGUUAUUUACAAGACACUGAUUGAGGACUUAGCAAAGUUGGAAGGCAAGCAGAGGGAUUGGGGGUUUUGUAAAGCGGGUGAGGGACAAAAGGGAAAGGAGCUGUUUGAUGAGAUGAAUAAAGAUGGGGUUGCACCAAACGUUGUCACUAUUGGUACUUUGGUUGGUGGAAUGUGUAGAACUGGGAGAGUCGGUAGGGUGGUUGAGGUGCGAAGGAGAGGUUUGAGAGGCAAUGCUGUUGCUUACUCUGCUUUGAUCAGUGCUUUCUGUAACGUGAACAACUUCGAAAACGCAACGGAAUUCUUCAAUGAAAUGUUGACGAGUGGAUGUUCUCCGGAUGCAAUUGUCUACUAUAACAUGAUCUCUGGUUUUAGCCAAGAUGGAAGGAUGGAUGAUGGCAGUCUUGUCUUGUCAAAGUGGAAAGAGGUUGGCUUCCGCCAUGACACGGUGUGCUAUGAUGUUUUGAUUGGAGGGUUUUGCAGGAAGAUCAAGUUUAAUAGAGUUUUUGCGUUGCUCAAGGAAAUGGACGCAGCUGGAUUGGAACCUGCUAUCGCUUAUAACACUUUGAUUGCUUUAUAUCAGCAAAACUGUGGAUUUAAAGUUUGCCCAGAGAGUCCUGAAAAAGAUGUUCUAGGACGGUGUGGUGCCCACUAA